AUGGGCGUGCCUUCGUGGAUGGAUCAAGCCGCUCAAGCGCAAAAACGCCGUCGCCGAAUGAUGGUGGCGAUAGUGACGGUGUCUGGUUGUGUUCCUCGCAAGCGCUUGGACUGGAACGCGCGCAAUCAAAGACUGCUACUCGAAGGGCAGUUCAAGCAAUGCUAUCGGAUGGGCGUGCACUUUUUCGAGAAACUGUUUCUGCUGAUCUGGCCUAUGCUGACUUGUGACGAGGUCGAGUCUAAACAGCGUACGGGAAUCGAUCCGAUUACACCACAAAACACGCUCCAGAUGACGAUAUCGUGGCUCGCCGGCAGCAAUUACCACACCACUGGUUGUCUUGGUGGUGUAUCUCCCUCGGUCUUCUAUGACAUCACCAAGGACAUAGUGAGAUAUUGCUUUGGCUCACCGGGCAGCGUUGGGGACUCGAUUGCGAUCAAGAAGUGGACGCUGAGUGAUGCGAUUUUGGCACUGCCGCCUGGAUAUUAUUGCGCUGGUGAUAAAGCCUAUCCACUUUCGGACUCGUUCCUGGUUCCUUACAACUAG